AUGAUUUUGGCCAACGCCUUCUGCAUCGUCCUCUUUGUAGAUGAGACCCUCCGCUCGCUGGCCGCCCCCCCGUCCCCCCCCGGGCAGGACCCACAGGGUUGGCGGGUGCCGGUGGACUGCGUGCGUGCCAGUGAGCUGUGUGCAUCCGAGGGCAGCUGCAGCUCCAGGUACAGAACCCUGCGGCAGUGCCUGGCGGGACGAGACCGCAACACCAUGCUGGCCAACAAGGAGUGCCAGGCGGCCCUGGAGGUGCUGCAGGAGAGCCCGCUGUACGACUGCCAUUGCAAGAGGGGCAUGAAAAAGGAGCUUCAGUGCCUUCAGAUCUACUGGAGUAUACACCUCGGGCUGGCCGAAGGAGAAGAGUUUUACGAAGCUUCCCCCUACGAGCCGAUCACCUCUCGUCUCUCUGAUAUAUUCAGACUCGCUUCAAUUUUCUCAGGAAUGGACCCCGCCACCAAUUCCAAAAGCAACCACUGCCUCGACGCGGCCAAAGCGUGCAACCUGAACGACAACUGCAAGCGCCUGCGCUCGGGAUACAUCUCCACCUGCAGCAGGGAGAUCUCGCCCACCGAGCACUGCACCCGGCGGAAAUGCCACAAAGCCCUGCGCCAGUUCUUCGACCGCGUGCCCAGCGAGUUCACCUACCGCCUCCUCUUCUGCUCCUGCAAGGACCAGGCGUGCGCCGAGCGUCGGCGGCAAACCAUCGUCCCGUCCUGCUCCUACGAGGACAAGGAGAAACCCAACUGCUUGGAUCUGCGCAACGUGUGCCGCGCCGACCACCUGUGCCGGUCCCGACUGGCUGAUUUCCACGCCAACUGCCAGGCCUCCUUCCAGUCACUGACCAGCUGCCCUGGGGACAACUACCAGGCGUGCCUGGGCUCCUACACAGGGCUCAUUGGUUUUGAUAUGACGCCCAACUACGUGGACGCCAGCACCACCAGCAUCACCAUCUCGCCCUGGUGCUCCUGCAAGGGCAGUGGUAACCUGGAGGAAGAGUGUGAGAAGUUCCUGAGGGACUUCACUGAGAACCCCUGUCUCCGAAAUGCCAUCCAAGCCUUUGGCAACGGCACUGAUGUCAACCUUUCCCCCAAGAACCCCUCACCUCCCAUCACAGUGCCUCCCAAGAUGGAGAAAAGCCCUGCCUUGCCUGAUGACAUCAACGACAGCAACACCAUGUAUGACACGAACAUCAUCACCACCUGCACCUCCAUCCAGGAGCACGGACAGAAGCUAAACAAGUCCAAAGAGCAGAGCCUGUGCUACUCAGAGACCCAGCUCACCACAGACACGAUGCCAGACCAGAAGACCUUUGUGGACCAGAAGGCAGCCGGCAGCCGGCACCGUGCGGCCCGGAUCCUUCCAGCUGUGCCCAUCAUGCUGCUGAAGCUGCUGCUAUAGGGAAGAUUGCCGCAUCUCAGCGGGAGCGCUGGGCUCACCUCGGGCUCCAGACUGCAAGCGGAACACCAGCGAUGCCCAAGGCCAGAAGGACCCUCACAGUGCUGGGAAACUUCGAUGGUUUUCUUUUUCUUUUUCCUUUUUAUUUUAUUUUAUUUUUUUUUUUGGCCUUUCUGUUCGUUUCAUGGUGCGUUGGGGUUUCUACGCUCGAGCGCUCGCCCGGCACGACCCACCUGGGCACCCACAAAAGGGAACCGACGCGAUCAACGGCACCGGGGAUGGGAAAAAGGCACCGAGCGGAGCUCUGGGACAGGGGCUGCCUGCAGGGCCACCAACCCAGCGUGCUGCAGGGACCCGCUGGGGACGUGGGACGUUUGCGCAUCGCCGCGGCACGGCGCUGCCACUGGGGCUCCUUUGGGCACAGGCUGAGCUCCGCCGCUCCACGUCGUCCCCGGGAUCAUUUCCUUUUCCUUUCCCCUUGGUUGGUGAGAGUUUUAAAAUCAGAAAAGAAACCAAUAUUCAAACGGUGUGAGGUUGUCCUGAUGUUUUCUAUCUGCCACUCGGAGGGGAGAGAUUUUCCUUUGUAUUAUUUUCCUUCGCUUUGUCUUCCCCUUUAAUCCUUGUUUCCCAUCUUCAUUCCAUCGGAUUUGGUUGGAAUGGGAUCCAACCCCAGCAGCGGUUGGAAUCCCACCUAUGUUACUCAGUUCUCUUUUAUAUAUACAUAUAUAGCAUAUGUAUAUAGCACUCACCUAUACCUACAGAUACGUAUGUAGAUACAUAACCAUGUACAUCUAUGGCGUGGCUUCCUAAGAUUUCCUUUCCUCUUUCUUUUCUAAAAAGGAAGCGCUCAAACGGGCGGCGGCUACAAAAUGUAUUAUUGUAAAGUUUAUUUUUUUUAAGCGAUGUCUAUAAUGGAAAUUAAUAAUAAUAAUAAUAAUAAAAAGAAGAAGAAAGAACCAAGAGGGAAAACAAAGCACCACCCCUAGGGGAGGAGGGGGUUCGCGUCCCAUAGAGCAUCCCAAGCCCUGGUGCUGUGCUGGGGGGAUGCUCAGCUAUAGGAAGGCACAGAUUUGGGUCAGUCCCAACGUCUUGCAGCGCUGCAGACGAACUCCCUGGCUGUUUGGCUCUGGGAGAUGAGCAAACAAGCAAACAUUUCAA